GAGACAACAGACCAGUGUGAGAAAGACGUCUUACAGAAUCACAACCAGGCAUUACCCAACCACUUUCAGAACAACUGAAUACAGCUGUCAACGAACUCCAGUCAAAACUAAAGACAUUGUGUUCAUUAAAUCAGGACAUGCCAAGAACUGCAUGCGCCUCUCCAAAACAUAUUGUUACAGAAAACGUCAAUUUACUUCAUCCAAGAUCCACAGUGAAAGUUUCAAUUCUGACAUCGUCGGACGAGGUGACCAGACCAGGCUAACCCGUAUCCAUGCAUGCAUGGAUGUUGUAUCACACUUCAAAGGGUUAAAGAUACCAGACUUCGAGCCGCUGCUGAUCAUCUUAAUGACGAAAGGUAAUCUACCACUUGCCAGACUCUUUAAGUAUAUCAUCGCUGGUAUCCAUCAUGGGAAGCAAGACUCUUGCAGCACCUGUUCCCAUUCAUCCAUCUUUACAACUGGCCAACUACUCUCUUUUGCAAGCUUCCAGUGGGUUUCAACUGCCAUCCGACCAGCUACCAAACAUCUAUGGCUUUAGUGCCUUUCAAGCUGUCCAUCUCCACCACUGGACCCUCGGAUACCCUCCAAUGGGGCUACCUCGCUCUUCCUUCUCCAAAAUCCCUGCUCUGGUGGAUGGCAGGUUCCAGUUACCUGCUGUUCCAAUCUUCCCCCACAUCAUCCUGCCAAAACAAGAUGCCACCAACCUGCCAGCCAAAACCAAGCCCAGGUUUGAUUUUGCCAACCUGGCGGUAGCUGCCACCCAAGAGGACCAUUCCACUUCUAAGGCAGAAGAUCUGAGCUCCCCUCCGGCCAUCAGCUCCUAUCUUGACAUCACAAAGCUGUCACCGGACAGGAAACCUAGCAGAGGGAGGUUGCCUUCAAAAACUAAAAAGGAGUUUGUGUGUAAAUUCUGUGGGAGGCACUUCACCAAAUCAUAUAAUCUUCUAAUUCAUGAAAGAACGCAUACCGACGAGAGACCGUACACAUGUGACAUUUGCCAUAAAGCUUUCAGGAGGCAAGAUCAUCUCAGAGAUCACAGGUAUAUCCAUUCCAAAGAAAAGCCCUUCAAGUGUCAGGAAUGUGGGAAAGGAUUUUGCCAAUCCAGGACAUUGGCUGUCCACAAAACACUGCACAUGCAGGUCAAGGAGCUCAAACCUUCAAAGAUAAAAUGUUAGAAGGACUUCUGCGAAGCAAUAAAAUAAAAAAAAAGUGAUAAGGGUGCACUGGAAAAGAAAAUAAAAUGUGUGCAUGCAAGAGCACAACAAAAAUGUGGUAGUGACAAAGCAGGGUGUGGUGCGAUCAACUCAAAUCACUGUAAAAGACAACAGUCUUCAUUCUGAGGAGCAGCUGCACCGCCUGAACAUGGAUGCCUAAAAGCAACCUGGAAAGUUGCCUUCUAAAAUCAAAAAAAGCCAUAAUUUAUGACUAGACUAAUGUAAUGUAAUUGUAAAUCUUGGACUAAGAUUAUACUUAAAACGUUUGAUGAAAGGAAUGCUUUUGCCUCAAAUAAAGUUUAUUUAGGGCAUCCAAACUUCAUGUGAUGGACACAGGAACUUUAUGAACCCUAUCAGUCUUGUGUAAUAGACUGCAACUGUAAGUGAGCAGCAGAAUAAAUCUCUGGAAUGUGAUCCCACUCCUCCAGAAGCUUCAUGGACUAUAAGCUUUUACCAAACUGUAGCUCUGAGGCUGAGAAAGCCACGGGUGACUACAAAAAAAAUAUGCUAUGCUCAGUGCAAGUGUUAAAACUGUCAGAAUCAAGGACGCCUACCAUUUUAUAGGAUACAUUCCAGUGUGUUGUUUUUGUACAGAUUGUUUGCUUAAACUGUUAUUUGGCACUUUAUGCUGGUUAUUGAUUAUUUACAUAUAUCACUGGAUUUCCUAAACUUAUUUUUAAAUAAAUAGUCAUUUUCAAAAACAUUCUCAAUGGUGUGUAAUAUUGAGAGGGUAAGGUGGGUGAGACAUCUGCCACUCGUGGGAAAACAAACACAGGUAGGAAUAUAAAGAGGCUUACAAAUAUACGUUCAGUAUUCAAUAAUAGGAAGCUGGUAAACCUCAUAGCAACCCUGAGUAACCAUAAGUAACCCUGAAUACCUGCAUAUUAAUAUAUUUAUAAAUCAUUUACAGAAUCUCUGAGACUAAUAAAACACUGCAGUAGAAAAAUACAAAUACAUUGAUACCUUACUUACCAGGAACUGAAAAGCACCGAAUCUAACGUUGUUAACAUUUCUGUAUGAAUUAAUUUCUUUGAGCUGAUUAGAGAGACUUUGAUUUUAGCCAGAUGCUUAACAUCUGUUAUGUUUAUUCCAAAAGAAUAAAAGCAUGGAUAGAGACACACAAAUGAGACAUUUACACAUGACACCGGGCUCUCCUUUGAAGUGUGGCAUGCCUUACGAGUUCCACAGACAUCACACACUGACAAUAGCAGGGGAUGCCAAGAAAGAGCAGACAACACUGACAACUAAAUGUACUGCUACAGGUCACAUUAUGUUAGAACAGCUAUGGUUUUUCAAUGUCUAUAAAGCCUAAAGGCACCAAAUUGGGUGUCUUAGUAGUUGCCAUUGCAGAAACACAAUUCUGCAUAUUCAAAUCGUUUGCAUUUAUUCCAAGAUGGGCAAAUGAUCUAUUCAAGAUAUUUAGUAAUGACAGAGUUUGAUGAGUUGUAUAAACACAUGCCCCACCCCACUAGUUGAGCAUUUAUUAAUCAUUCCCAAUACUUGUUGUGCAGAUUCCCACAUGUUUAACUUAAAAGCUUGCCGUUUCUCUUCAACUGUCCUUGCUGUUCCCUCCCCCCUGCCUGAUAUCAAGACAGUCCUUGUAGCCCUCCCUCUCUUUUCUUCCCUUUUAUCUCUCCAUUGUAAUUUAAUGAUGUAUUUUAACUAUAAGGCUGUAAUGGGCCCUGCUGAUAUAUUUAAACCUCUGUUUAUAAGUAGAAAGAUACAUCAAUAAAUGCAGUGGUACGGAAACUAGCUGAACCACAUGGCUGUUGUGCCUUAUAUAAGGCCUAAAGAUUUUAGUUUGUUAGUUGCAAAAUUAUGAAAAGCAAAAAUGUAUCUAAGUUUAAAGGGGCAGGCUAGUGGAAAUAACUGUAUUCCAUUACAGUAUGACCAUACCCUGUCGCCUGGCAUAUUUUUAAAAUAUAUUUAAAAUAUUGGGAAUUACUGUAUAUGUUUUGAAGUGCACAUUUUCUAAGAGUAAUAAAACAAUUGUAAUUAUAUAAAAUUUGCAAGAACAACAUCUGCAGGAAGCAGCAUUUAAAUGAGUGUUCUGCAGUUUCUUGAUAGUAUCCAUUUAAAUUAUUAUGUUCCUCUGAAAAUUUCUCAGUAGCAGCACAGCUGGGGUUAAGAGACGUGUUUUUAAUCCACAACCACCGUCACCUAUAAUGUGUUCAGGGAAUCCAAGUUUAUUUCACAGUUUGGUUUGGGACAACUUCAAGCACAUUCAAUUUGAAAGCUUCUGAAGUUUUUUUUUUUUUUUUUUUUUUACAUUGAACUAAAUGUUUCAGUAACUGUGCUACUAUAUCACCAUUGUAUAAUCAGUAAUGGUUAUAUCAAAUGACUCAACUGUAUAAUAAUAAUAAUAAUAAUAAUAAUAAUAAUAAUAAUAAUAAUAAUGAACGUGAAUUGAAACUUCCCUGGUCAACACACUUCUUGACACAGCAGACCGCAUUUAUAUCUUCUGCCAACAGAGGUCACUAAUGGUGACACAUAUAAGACUUACCUAAAAAAGUAUGGUAAAUUGCCCAUUUUAACUCUUUGGUUUAGGGGUCAUCAGGAGUUUUCACUCUUGUGUUAAUGUUGCUAACACAAUCACCUUAUGUUUUAUUUUUAUUUUUUGUUCUUUUUUUAUCCAUUUAAAUAAAUGUCAUGUUUUCUUUCAGGUAUGUAAGCCAACAGGAAAAUAAUGUCUGGCUGCUGAGUUACUGGUUUCUAAGAGAACAGUUAUCAAGAGUGACAAGGAGGUAGUGGGCAAGAUCAAGCAGAAGCCUUAAUUAACUGUUUAACAUUGAUUUAUUAUGAAUAAAUAUCACCAUUGUUUAAAUCAUUACAAGAGGAUCCUGAGUGG